UAUUUACCCUUACCGGAGAAAACCCCGAUGUGUCGGCUCAGUCGUCAGACUGCAGGCUCUCCUCCUCGGCUCUGAAAAUCGGGAGAGGAGCGCAGAGGAGGACCUAACUGACUGAUGGAGACUCAGCCGUGGAUUAUCAGGAUUAGCGGACAGCAGGCGAUCAUGCAGUGCACUCACAGACGGAUCUGAAUCACCGAAGAUGUCCGUGGACCAGCAGCGCGACUGGAUGCGGGCGGAGGUAGAGCGGCUGUCCCGGGAGCUCAGCGACACCACACGGGAGAAGAUCCAGGCGGCGGAGUGCGGCCUCGCGGUGCUGGAGGAGAAACAGCAGCUCCAGCAGCAGUACGACGAGCUCGAGGCCGAAUAUGAGGCCGUUCGACAGGAGCUCGAGCAGUUGCGGGAGGCUUUUGGACAGGCUCACUCUAAUCAGAGGAAGGUGGCAGCUGAUGGUGAGAGCCGUGAGGAAACGCUCCUCCAGGAGUCUGCGUGUAAGGAGGCGUAUUACGAGCAGCGCAUGCAGGAGCUGCAGGCAGAACUGCGGCAGACACGCAACACCCUGGCCAACAGCCAAUCAGAGAAUGAGCGCUUGGCCACCGUCACUCAUGAACUGAGAGAGAACAGUCAGAUGGUGGAGAUGCAGAGAUCCCGUCUGCGUGAUGACAUCAAGGAGUUUAAAUUGAGGGAGUCUCGUCUUCUGCAGGACUACAGUGAACUAGAGGAAGAAAACAUCGCCCUGCAGAAACAUGUGUCUGUCCUGAAGCAGAGCCAGGUUGAGUUUGAGGGUCUAAAGCAUGAAAUCCGUCGUCUUGAGGAGGAAACGCAGUGUCUGAACAGCCAGUUGGAAGAUGCCAUCCGUCUGAAGGAGAUCGCUGAGAGGCAGCUCGGUGAAGCGUUGGAAACCAUCAAGACAGAGCGAGAGCAGAAGGCGGCCUUAAGAAAGGAGCUCUCCCAAUACAUGACCAUCGGAGACUCUAUGUACAACAGUCCUUUAAACAUCUCACUCGACGGGCUGAAGUUCAGCGAUGACACGGUGGUGGAGCCUAACAACGACGAUCCCAUUCAUGGCUUCCAGAGCGCUUUUGACAAGAUCACCAAAGGCGGUGACAACCGUGUUUCCACGCCUAAAAAAGGAGAGCGUUUCCACCCAUCCUCCAGCCUCGUGGACAAUCUACUGAAUGAGCUGAACAUCUCCGAGAUCCAGAAACUAAAACAACAACUCAUGCAGGUGGAGCGAGAGAAGGUUACAUUGCUGUCCACCUUGCAGGAUUCUCAGAAGCAGCUGGAGCAGGCUCAUGGAGUCUUAUCUGAGGAACACGAGAAGGUCAGCCGCCUCACAGAGAACCUCAAUGCCAUCCGCAAGCUCCAGGCAAGCAAGGAACGCCAGUCCGCUUUGGACAACGAGAAAGAUCGCGACAGCCAUGAGGAUAGUGACUAUUAUGAGGUGGACAUCAACGGCCCGGAGAUCCUGGAGUGCAAGUACAAGGUCGCUGUGACGGAGGCAAGCCAACUGAAGGAAGAGCUCAAAACCUUAAAGGCAGAACAUUCAGUCUGCCAAUCACAGUACAAGGAAAAGCGGGCACAGCUGGAGAGCCAGGUAGCAUCUCUAAGCGCUCAGGUCACAUUCCUAGAGCACAGCAGUCGAGCAGAACGCGAGCAGUUAGCACGGCUUGAGAAGGAGCUACGGCAAGCCAGCGAGGUGGCGGGCGAAUCGCAGGGCAGCCUUAACGUCGCGCAAGACGAGCUGGCCACCUUUAGCGAGGAGCUAGCCAACCUGUAUCACCACGUCUGCAUGUGCAACAACGAGACGCCGAACCGCAUUAUGCUCGACUACUACCGUGAAGGUAAAACCGGAGUCGCCAGCACACAAACCACAGGUCGGGGAAGCCCUGAAGGUCGCGAUCGACGCUCGCCUAUCCUGUUGACCCGUGGCCUCUUCCCCUCAGCUGACAACAGCGACGGAGCUUCGUCUCCACUCUCCUCCUUGACUUCAUCUCCAGUGGCCGAUCCUCGCAAAGAGCCCAUGAACAUCUAUAACCUGGUGACCAUCAUCCGUGACCAAAUCAGGCACCUGCAGCUAGCAGUGGACCGCACAACGGAGCUGUCCCGCCAACGUGUGGCUUCUCUAGAAUUGAGUCUUGGAGGGGAUCGAGACCAGGAAGCCAGCGUCGAGGAAAUUCUCAAACUUAAAUCACUCCUCAGCACCAAGAGGGAGCAAAUAGCCACACUGCGAACCGUCCUGAAGGCGAACAAACAGACUGCUGAGGUGGCGCUGGCCAACCUGAAGAGCAAAUAUGAGAAUGAAAAGGCCAUGGUUACUGAAACCAUGAUGAAGCUUCGCAACGAGCUAAAGGCGCUGAAGGAGGACGCUGCCACCUUCUCCUCACUCAGGGCCAUGUUUGCCACUCGGUGCGACGAGUACGUGACUCAGCUGGACGAGAUGCAGAGACAGCUCGCGGCUGCCGAGGACGAAAAGAAAACUCUCAACUCUCUCCUCCGUAUGGCCAUACAGCAGAAGCUCGCUCUCACUCAACGCCUGGAGGACCUGGAGUUCAAUCACGAUUUAGAGAUUCGUCGGGGAGGAUCCAACGGCCGCACCAAAGGCACCUCCUCGCGGGGAAAAUCCGCCCACAACUCCACCCCGUCCCAAGUGAGUCACCCCCCCGCCUGCAGCGAGGGAGCACCGGCAGUGUUCUGCAGUGAGAAGUAUAAGAUCUACUGCGACUGACGGGCGUCUAACAGAUGUACAGAAAUUCUCUCUCUCACACCUCUUGCUUGCUCUAUGCUAACUCGCACCGUGUGUCAGUGUAUUUAGGGGCUUUAUAUGGUCAUGUGCCUGCCAGCGUAGCUGAAUGCAGAUGUUUUAGAGCAGAGUGAUGAUGUUUAGUCUCAUCGGUUGGUAAAGGUAAAGUGUGUAAUGUCUGUGGCACCUGGAUGCAGUUGUCCUUUGAAGCAGGAUUUGUCUUUCAACACUUCUUCUUCUGCCCUACUACCGGUCGUCCAAACUCACGCCACUGCUUGAGCAGAUGUUGGGCUGAGGAUGCUCAACCAAUCAGGGUGAUGAUGUCACAGAGGUCACACUUUUCAAGACAUCAGCCUACUUGUGACUCAACUACAGAAAGUAUUUCCACACUUAAGUGGGGUAUUUAAGUGAUACUUUCGUGGGUAAUUUGGUGCUUUGGGUAGUUUCGUGUAUAGCCUGUUGGAGAGAUGAGUGUGUCUCUCCUGCCUCUGAGAUCUGCAGCCCGUCCAAUCAGAUCGCUUGUGUUUACAAAUGUAAUAUGCAAACGUCCUCCCUGCAGGAAGUCUAUUGAAUUGAGUCGUUUUCUGCUUCAAAUCGAAUAAGAAAAUUUCAACCUCGGGUUCAGAUGAAGAGCGACCGUUUUAUGAAUGUCACUCGUGAGGCAGGCGGGAACGUCGUCACGUGCAUGCGGCAGGAGGCCACGCAGUGCUAGUAGAUGUCUGGCUGUGAAACUAUUUCUGAGAGCUUUAACUUUAAUUUGAUGUAUUUGAUGACACACGUGGCUUUAAUCGAAGUCGUGGUGAAGGGCUUGACGUGGUCGCAUGCUCAUAGUGAUGUCAUAAUGCAACUUUUACCAGUCUCUGUUAUUUAUAUGAGGAGAGGCCUUAUUUUAGCUUUCACGAAUCACCAGACGACGACUUUUUGGCAAAUGAAAAGCCACAGGGUGAUUCUCCGCUGAAUCACUUUCAGGCCACAGUUGUUUUAUAGUAAAAGCACGUUUGAAGAUACAUUUCCCAUGUAGGGGUUGUAAUUUAGUCAAAGCAGUAUUUGAAUCAUUACAAUGCUUUGAAGCUGACGUUCAGAAGACAGUGAGGUUUAUAUCCAGAAGUCACCAGUGAGACUUGAUGAAGAUUACAAGUGAUUAUUGCUUUGACUUAUACAGUAUAUAAAAUGCGCUUGUAUAUGAAUUGUAGGUGAGAGCUUACAUGACGCUAAACUCAAUGUAACCAAUCAGCUGCGUCACUCACUGAGUGGCCUAAAACUGCUGGCACUGUCUGUUUGCAAAGCACAAAAACCUUCAUGGUGUUGAGGGUCACAUUAGGCCUUUAAAACAAAACACACUCAUGCCACAGGAUGCUGACAAAUUGGGCGAAAAAAAUAAAAUAAAGUUAAGCAAAUAAAAUAAGAAAACUGGUCAUGGAUGAAGAUCUAGUCAUCUGUAUUUGUGGAGUCUGAUCUCGCUGUCCUUUCUUAUUUUCUAACGCUGUUGCUCUCUCCAGACCCUCAGGGAAAAUACAACAAAUUUCGCUUUAUUUGUCGAAGUAGAAAGUGGCAUGUCAUCAUCCUGUCGUCUAUAAAAUUGACACAAUAACACGUUUUCAAUGGUAAUAACACUAAUGCUCAUUCAGAAUUAGAGACAUAAAACUUUUUCCUUGUACUAAAUUCUGUAUGUGCGUACUUUAAAACAAAGACAAUGUUCAAAUAAACCGGUUUCAUUGAGCUUUGACACAAAUGGCUCUGCUAGCCAAUUAAAAACCUCUAAUCAACCUUGAAUUUAUUAAUAUUAUACUUUAUAUUUAAAUAUUCAACAGUGCUAUAUUAACUACACUAUAUGGAGCUUUUUUCAGUUCAUUAGAAAAGUGACUAGACUUGGUCUUUACUUCGUUGAUAAGCUUUAUAUAUUUGUCAUUUUGUUUUCCACGCUUAGACGUGUUUGUAUUUGAUAAAAUUAGUAAAAUAUAUAAUAAGUAUUAUUAUUAAACAGCUGCUUUAUAGAUGUAUCGGGUGGAGAUCCGAGAAGCCAUUACAAUAAACUACUUUACCAUUAACCCAUGUGGGUGAUUCUCACGAAAUCCAGACUUAGGUGUCCAGCAUCAGAUUUUUUUAAAAAGCCCUUGAAGCCAAUUUGUUUUGCACAUAUAUACGAUUAAGGUCUGAACUUACUAUAAACAUUAUUUUUAGAAGAUUUAAAAAAUAUUUUUUAUUACAAUUUUUUAGAUAAUCGUUAUAAAAUUAUCAUUACCGCAACAUGAUAUUACCUUAAAUAUAUGCAUUUACAAACUCAUGUUUCAGUAACGAGAACUAAAAUGUUGUGUAGGUACUAUGACAAACAAAAUUUCAACUUUUAUCUGAAGAGAAAAAAUAAGAUCUACUUACCUGGUAGCCAUCUUGAGUGUCACAGUCAAUUAUGUCCCUUCCAACAAAUUUUUUGAAAAUGCUAGUUCAUUGAGGGCAUAAACAAUGAUUGAAAAUAGUUGCGGAAAAUGAGAAUUUUUUUUCUUGGAUACAUUUAUAUUCCUUAUUAUUGUCUCUACAUUUACCAAUAAUUACCAAAUAUCACAUGUUUCUUUACUGUAAAUGUUUAUAGUAUAACAUGCACUGAAGCUUUUUAUUUUUUAGAUUUUUUAAUUAUAAAUAUUUCCAAGAACCCAAAUCCAGUCAUGGACACAUUGCGGUAAUGAAUUAAAUGUGGAAAACAAAAUUGGUUUGUAUGAUGUCAUUUAAAAUCAUGCGCAAAAUAGUACAUGAAGAGAUGUUUGUAACUGUAUGCUCUUACUUUGCAUUUAUUUUUUUAUCAAAAUGUUUCAUGACACCUCAUAAGUCUAAUUUCGCGAGAAUCGCCCAUUUAAUCCCUAAUGGUUCCCAGACAUGAAAAUAUCCAAAUAAUGUGCCAUUUGUAAUGGAAAAGUGUGUCGGUCACAAUUGUAAUUGGUGGGAUUCAAUGUUUUAAUGGAAAGCACAUUGAAAUGUUAAAUGGUUAGGGUUAGUUGAAGAUUUUAUUGAGAUCGUCUGGCUUCAACAGAAGUCAUUAUGUGGGCCUAAUCCCAGACUAACCCCAGUUUUAUUCAAUUCAUUAAAUAUUAUUAAUGUGGAUCGAUGUUUCCAUGUAAAUGAUUUUCCACCGAAUUCUGUUGGAUUGCAGCUCUUGGUCAGAUAUAAAAAUUGAACCUCAACUGAAUCAAAUUCAAUGUAAAGUUAGUCUCCACCAUUAGAUGAAAUCUUUACUUGAAAUCUUUUUUCAUUCCUGGAGAAACUUUAUAUUUUUAAGUUGUACACUCCAAAAAUGAGCAAACAGCAUAAAACCACUCAUAAAUGAUAUAUGGGGUUUAAAAAAAACAUUUAAUGAGGGCUAAAGAUUUAAUUUUUGUAAAACAUUUAUGUAUGUUCUGGGAUAUCACUGAUUUAUAGGUUUAUACUAUUUGUUGUAUUAAUCUAGUUUGUGGUGUUUUGGUUUUUGAAUGGGUUUAUGUCAUUUACACACAUAUUUACAAAGUAUUAGAUUUCUUCAUGGGAAAGAUUAACAUGACAUAAUGUUCGUCAUCUAUUAUUCUGAUGUUUGAGUCAUAAAUCAUGUUGUUGAAACAAAAUCCCAGAAGCUCCAAUGCUGCAUUUGUUUUCAAAGUGAUCAUUUAGAAACUAACCAGCAAAUGGCAGAUGGGAUUAUUUUAUUCGUAUUAAAAUUGUAAGCACCUUGUGUAACGCUGAAAGCUGGAUCACUGACCUUCAGCAUUCUCUACAAGAGUACAACAAUUAAUUCCAAAUUGGAAUGUUUCAAUUCUCUCUCUCUGUCGAUUGUGUCAAGUGUCAUACACUGUUGGUGUUAUCACCUCUUCACCCCUCCUACAUUGCUUUUCCUUUUUUUAAUCUUUAUUCGGACCGUUGGUGCCUUUUAUUAUUUCAAGAGAGAAUGUUAGAUUUUUGUAGCUUUUGCCCACAUGCAUGAGGAUGUCUUGUUUAAAUUUAGCAGCAGCAAUAAGUUCAGAAGACAUUCGUUCUGUUGUGCGGAUAAUAUGAACAAUUAGACCAAUUAAACCUUGUACUGAAUUCUUCGGGUCAGUGAUCCUAAUAUCUAAUUCAGGGGUUUUAGUGAAAGUUUGGGUUUUUUUGUCAAACGGUUUGAAGCCACAUAUCCUUGUUUGCCUCAUAAUGAACAAAACGUUUCAGACACGAAACCCAAUGUGUUGUUUUGUGGUCAGAGACUGGUGUUACUCUAGUGUUGUAUGGUGAGGUAGCUGAAGGUCAUGUGGUAUGGGUAGUAUUGUUGAUGGUUGUAAAAAGUAGGGCUGGGCGAUAUAUCCAGUUUGGUAAUAAAUUGUUUUGUUUUUUUCCCCGAGUAAUGCGCUUAUAUCAGUAGACUCUGAUAUGAUUCUCUUUUGCCACAGAAGCUCUGUCAGUAAUGUAAACUGAAGACAAACGUAAGCUUCCCAAACGGAAACAGGUCAUUCCAUUUUUUUGUUUUGUUUCACAGCGUUUUAAUAAAGGUGAUUGUGACAUCUCACAUGAGACUUUGACAUGCAUGUUAACUUUUAUUUUAUCUUGUAGAACGUUUUCAUAUAUCGCCAGCUAUCCCAAAAUUUAAUGAAUUUUGGUAAAAAUCGCCCAGCCCUAGUAGGAAAGUUUGUUAUAGGUUUUUAUAUUCUUUAGUAUUUUUGACAUGGUAUACAAGCAUUAUAAUUUCAGGAAACAGAAAACGUUUUGCAUCAACAAGCAAAUGAUGUCAUGAACAUACAUCAUUGUUUGUUGAGGCAUCAAAUUAAUCAAUUCAGCUGCCAUAUCGAGAAAAAACGAAAUUAAAACGAAAUGAAACCGUUGUACGGUAAAUAUCUUUAUUUUCUGUUUCCUGGAAGUGACAGCAUUGAUAUUUAACUACUGUAGCUGUGCAAACUUUGUUUUUGUGUUUCAGUAUUGAUCUAUAAGGAAAGUUUGAUACCUUUAUAUAAAGUAACUUCAUUAAUUUGUAUGUAUUUAUUUAAAAUGGUGAGCAGUUAUGAACUUUAUAAUGUGCAUUAUUGUCACAUGCAUGUUUUUCUUUCUGUCAGCAAUGAGACUUUUACACAGAAGCGAAAACAAACUUGAAAUCUCAAACGGUUUAAAACAAGUUAAUAAAGUAAUAAAAUAUUAGAGGGAGAAAUGUUUUGUGUAAAACUGAUCUCUGGAGUUAAAUGUUGUUCUCUCUAGAGGUUAAACUCUGUGUAGGGGUUAGUCAUGCGCUCGUAUGAAUAAAUACAAAGUCAAUGAA